GACGACUCGUUCGUGGUGUUCGUGUCGCCAUUGUCGUAUCGCAGAGUGUUAGAAAAAUUGUGUGAAAAAUUGAAAUCAAUUUUUGGUGAACAAAAAAGUGUUAAAAGUGCAAGUGCAAAGAAACCAAAAGCGCAUUUUAUGUGCAAGUAGCUAGUGGAAUUUCAAUUUCUCUCUUGUGGAGAUUGUGAAGCAUAAGAAAAAGGACUCAAAUACGGCCGUGAACAGGCUAUUCCAAAGCGCCAAUAGGGAAGUGGAAAAUUUUCUUCGUUUCGUCUUACCAAGGCAUUACAAGAGGCGCUCGCAAAGUGUUUCUUUCCGAAGAACAAAGAAACAGAAACAGUAUAGGAAAAGAAGAAAUCAAAUUGAAAAGCCUAUGAGCCAACGUCGCCUUGGAUCGGCUAAUAAACCGAUACCAGCUGUAUGCUAAUGCAUUAAGUUGGUUUUUGCUAUUCAAUAUUAAACCAAUUGUAGCAUCUGAUUGGAAUUCGCUUACUAAUCUACGACAGCUAUCGCAACGAUUGUGGCAGGAUUAGCUGAGUAAUCCACCAUACAUUCGGAGAUAUUCUCAACAUUGUUAUAUUAAGAAUUUUGUGCUCUAAAAUCAAAGUCAGUACGCGGAUUAGAAACGCAAUUCGCGGCACUGAUUAAGUUAAGGAAUUUAGACGCAGCGCGGCAGAAGUAGCGACGUUUUGGCGUACGCGCGAACUCCUGCUAAAAACAGGUCAGUUGGAAUGUUAGAUGCGGUGAACGCAACAACUACAGUGUGUCGAUCGUGUGAAAAACAGCAGCAGAGAACAGAGGAGAAAGGGAAAAGCCUGGACCAUGGCGAAUUUAAAUUUUCAACAGCCUCCGAGAAGUUUAGCAAACGCCUCAAUGACGGGGCGAACUACAGCUGGAUUUGGUGGUAGUUCACUUUCCGGUCAUAUAACACCUACGUCUGGCAUGUUUCCAACGGGCGGUGCAAAUUAUGGACAAACGCAACAACCUCAACUCUCACCGAAUCGCAAUGCACAAUUGUCGGUGGGCGGUCCGGCGUUAUCGAGAGGCGGUCGCGCGAAUAUAUUUGGUCAACAAACCUUCGAGCGGCGAGCAAUGCAGGCGUUAGGUGGCGGCCCUAUGUCAAACAUGGGCAGCUUCAUGCAAUCGGGACGGGGUGGCUAUGGUAGUGGAGGCGGUGCAAGUGGUUUUCCCACUGUUUUUGGUGGCAGUGGAGAUACAGCAACGCCCGCGCUGCUCGAUCCAACGGAAUUUCCAUCGUUGACGAAUGUGCGUGGCCAGAAUGAUCAAUCACUGCCUCAGACGAAUCCCCUCCAGCCACCGGGAAGCAAACCUUAUGGUAAUUUCUUUACCUCUUUCGGCAUGGUGAAACAACCAACGUCGGAACAAUCGGAAUUCACCAUGUCGAAUGAAGAUUUCCCUGCGUUACCGGGUACUCAAAUCUCCGACGGUACAACGAACUCGGGCAUCACGGAGAACAAUUUGGACGGUGCGGAGAAGGCGAUGAACUCAAUUGUGGGCGGCAGUGGGUUAGGUGCCGUUGGGAGUGGCGUUGGCGUUAGCGGUAGUAGUGGUGGCGGCAGUAGUGGUAGAGGAAUCGACCAUCAGCACGAUAAUUCCAGCAAUGAUAAACUUGUGAAAAGCGGAGUGCAAACUUCACCUGAUGGCAAGGUCACAAACAUCCCAGCGAGUAUGGUGAAUAACCAAUUCGGCAUGGUGGGUCUCCUUACAUUCAUACGAGCGGCGGAAUCGGAUCCAAAUUUGGUGACGUUAGCGUUAGGAAAUGAUCUUACCGGCCUCGGUCUGAAUUUGAAUUCACAGGAAAGUUUACAUCCUACAUUCGCUGGACCGUUUGCGGAUCACCCCUGCAGAGUACAAGACGUUGAAUGCAACGUGCCAACCGAAUAUCUGAUCAAUUAUGCGAUAAAGGAUAAACUGUCCGCACCGUUACUGAAUAAGCUGCAAGAAGAUCUGCUAUUUUUCUUGUUUUACACGAAUAUCGGCGACAUUUGGCAAAUGAUGGCCGCUGCGGAACUUUAUGGCCGCGAUUGGAGAUUUCACAUAGAAGAGAAAAUAUGGAUUACUCGAAUUCCUGGAAAUAAUCAAGGAAAAUUCUACUACUUCGAUGCGCAAAGUUGGAAACGUAUGUCCAAGGAUUUCCAAAUCGACGCCGAGAAAUUAGAUAAAUGUCCCAAUAUAUCUGCGUUAGUGAACAUGAAUGGACAGUCUGUAUAAUAUUAAUAAAAUAUACAAAAAACACGAAAAAAUCUUUUUUUGAGAAUAAGGUAAAAAUCACAAUGAAAAAUAAAAGAACAUAAGAAAUUUAAGUUAUUCGUUGA